CGAUGGCUGACGACGAGGAUGACCCGUCGAGCCGGGAGAUCAGCAAAUGCUGGCUCGCCAUGAAGGCCCUGGAGCGGCAUGACUUGGACGAGUGCCUGGAGCACUGCAACGCGGCGCUGGAGAAGAACCCGUACGAUCAGCAAAUGUGGUACAUCAAGACGCGUUGCCUGACGCUCAAGAACUGGAUCGACGACACGGAGUUGGAGGAGGAGGGUGUGGCCGAAGUUCUCAUGGACGAGCACGCCACCGCGGCGAUGCCCCGCCCGGGCACAUCCCUACGCCGUCCCGGCACGCGCACGCAGACCGGCAUGCCCAACCAGGGCAUCCGACCGACGACUUCGUCGGGCCGACCCACGACCGGCUUCCUUCGGCCGGGAACCAGCACCCGGCCGAUGACGAACAAGGGAGGGGUGGAGGGCGCGUUCCGGGGGAACAGGCCGGGAACGACGCGCCCCGUCACCACGUCCGGUCGCCUGGUCCGCCUGGGAACCGCGUCCAUGCUCGCGGAACCCGGUGGGCCGUUCAUCAACGUGGACAAGUUGGAUCUGAGAAAAUACGCGCAGCGCCCCGCCUUGGCCCGGGUCCUCUGCGAUUACAUCCUCCAUCACGACCGUAACCCGAAGAAGGCGGUGGAGCUCGCGUCGUUGGCCACCGUCAACGCGGGUUUCGACGACUGGUGGUGGAAACAUCGGCUCGGGAAGGGAUACUACCAGCUCGGUUUGCUGCGCGACGCGGAGAAACAGUUCAAGAGCUCAAUCGCGGAUAUGCCCACGAUCGACGCCACGCUGCAGCUGGCGAACGUGUACAUCCGGCUGGACCAGCCCGCGAGCGCGAUACGCGUGUACCGCGCGGGACAGACGCAGUUUCCCGGAGAGACGUCCAUGCUGUUGGGCGAGGCUCGGAUCCACGACGCGCUGAACGACAUGGCGGCGGGGGUGGCGCUGUAUAAGAACGUGCUGCAGUGGGACGCGACGAACGUGGAGGCCAUCGCGUGCAUGGGGGCGCACCACUUCUACACCGACCAGCCCGAGAUUGCCCUCCGUUUCUACAGGCGGCUGCUCAUGAUGGGGGUGAACAACACGGAGCUGUGGAACAACCUCGGCUUGUGUUGCUUCUACGCGAGUCAGUACGACAUGACGCUGCACUGCUUCGAACGCGCGCUGCAGCUGGCGGACGACGACAACAUGGCGGACGUGUGGUUCAACGUCGGGCAGGUUGCGAUCGGCAUCGGAGACCUCAAUCUGGCGGAACAGGCUUUUAAGAUUGCGGUGUCGGUGGAUGCCAACCACUCGGAGAGUUUCAACAACAUGGGGGUGCUGGACCUGAGGGCGGGGAAGGUGGACCAGGCGAUCGCGAACUUCCAGACGGCGCACGAGCUGCUGGAGUUUGCGCACGAGCCGUUGUACAACGCGGCGCUGACAGCGUUCAAACUCGGGCAGUUUCAGAGGGCGUUUGAGAAGGUUGAGAAGGCGCUGGAGAACUUCCCGGAGCACGAGGACUCGCUCGAGCUUCGGCGGCAGCUCGUGCAGCACUUUAACCUCCUGUAGAUUGUAUAUCUAGCUACUAGUGGCGUAGUUAUAAGUUAGGACGAGGCGUUUGCAUCUACGCGGGUGGUCAUC